AUGGGACCCGACCUGGGCCCACGCCUUCCAAGCCAUCCAGGAUGCAAUGCGGAGGGCAGUCCGGAGUGGCCACCUCAGGAUCUCAAGCGCCCUCCUCCUCCAGCCGAUCCGAUCAGGAAAGCCGAUAAGAAGUAUCUGAUUCCUGAGCUGCUUGUGGCAGGCAGCCUCCUUCCCCGGGACCGCCCCGGGCACCGCCUCCAGCCUUGUCCUGUGGGGCUGCAGCCUGAGAGCGCCGACAUCGCGGUCCACCAUCAGGGCACCCCAAUGCGCAUGCGCAAGCGGCUGUCACAAGCACGAGCGCGGAGCGGGGCCUCGCGUCACAGUGACGGCAACCGUGUCCUGGGGAACCGUCUCAGCGCUUGGCAAAGCAGGGGCCCACUGCGGCAGUGCUUUGGCGUUGGGCGACGGCCCCCUAACUCACGGCGAUCGUCGCCACGGUCCCGCGAUUUCCGGAGUCCGACUUGGCGGAACCAGGCUGAGAAAUGGUCCAGCCGAGCUUCAGGGAUGCCCAGGGCGAUCGAUCCCCAAGGAUCCCCUAGAUGCUUCAGGCCUGCCCAGACAGUGUUGGGGUGCGCCUCCUUGAAAGCUGUCCCUGCUGGGAUUUCCAGGUAAGAUGAUAUAACUC